ACGAAAAGGCCGGGAAAAUCAAAUCGAUGCAAUUUCAAUAUAAAACCCCCACCAAUUUGCUACAAAUUUCAUAUUCGAAUCCGAAAAUGGAAACCCGAAGCUCCAUCAUCUCCUAUCUCUUACACGCAUUGACUUUGAGCGGAUAAUGUUGAACUCGAUCAACUCCAAUAAGCAAACAAAUUCUCACAGAUUACGACACCGGUACUGGAAUUUUCAAAUUUCUAGGAGAAAUGAGGUGUUCAAUGUUCUUGGAGGUGCUGGCUGUUGUGUUACUGGUUUUGCAUUGUGUAAUGGGUAAGGAGUGUACUAAUAGUCCUACUCAGCUUUCAUCACAUACUUUCCGAUACGGCUUAUUGAAUUCGAAUAACAAGACUUGGAAAGAAGAGGUGCAUUCUCAUCACCAUUUGACUCCCACCGAUGAUUCUGUGUGGGCCAGUUUGCUACCUAGGAAGAUUAUGAACGAAGAUGAAUUCACUUGGCAGAUGAUGUAUAGGAAGAUGAAGAAUGUCAAUGGUGGGUCUCAAUUUUCUGGGGAUUUCUUGAGUGAAUUGCCUUUGGGUGAUGUGAGAUUGGAUCCAAAUUCAAUUCAUGGUGAAGCUCAACAAACAAAUUUGAAAUACCUUUUGAUGUUGGAUGUUGAUAGAUUGGUUUGGAGCUUUAGGUACACGGCUGGUUUGCCAACCAUUGGCAUAGCUUAUGGAGGUUGGGAGUCCCCAGAUCAAGAGCUGCGUGGACAUUUCGUAGGGCAUUACUUGAGCGCUUCGGCUCAAAUGUGGGCUAGCACCGGUAACGAAGCUCUCAAAGAGAAGAUGAGUGCAGUGGUAUCUGCACUUGCUGCCUGUCAAGAAAAGAUAAAAACAGGUUAUCUUUCGGCAUUCCCAUCUGAAUUUUUCGACCGUUUUGAAGCUCUCCAACAAGUUUGGGCUCCAUAUUACACCAUUCACAAGAUAAUGGCUGGUCUAGUGGAUCAGUAUGUCUUGGCUGGGAAUAGUCAAGCUUUAAUAAUGGUGACACAGAUGGCCGAUUAUUUCAGCAAACGUGUGCAGAACGUGAUUACACGAUACACCAUUGAAAGACAUUGGUUAUCGUUGAACGAAGAAACUGGCGGAAUGGAUGAUGUCCUUUACAGGCUAUACACCAUCACAGGAGAUAUGAGGCAUCUAUGGUUAGCUCAUCUUUUCGAUAAACCCUGCUUUCUUGGACCGCUAGCUCUAAAGGCCGAUCACAUAUCUGGUUUCCAUGCCAAUACACAUAUUCCAAUUGUUGUUGGAGCUCAAAGCCGGUAUGAGAUUACCGGUGAUCCUUUGUACAAGGAAAUUGGGACCUUUUUCAUGGAUAUAGUGAGCUCUUCCCACAUGUAUGCUACAGGAGGCACAUCAGUCCGAGAAUUUUGGUCAGAGCCAAAAAGACUAGCAAGCACCUUAGAGACGGAGAACGAAGAAUCUUGUACUACAUAUAACAUGCUGAAGAUCUCCCGUAAUCUGUUCAGAUGGACCAAAGAGAUGGCAUACGCAGACUACUAUGAACGAGCCCUGACCAAUGGUGUCCUGAGUAUUCAAAGAGGGAAAGAACCUGGAGUUAUGAUAUAUAUGCUGCCAAUGGCUCCAGGGGCAUCAAAGGCCACAGGAUAUCAUAAAUGGGGUUCACAGUUUAAUGAUUUCUGGUGUUGUUAUGGAACAGGGAUCGAAUCAUUCUCGAAAUUGGGAGAUUCAAUAUACUUUGAAGAAGGGGGAAAUGGUCACGGGCUUUACGUCAUCCAGUACAUAUCCAGCUCACUUGACUGGAAAUCUGGACAAGUUUUUCUUGCUCAGAAAGUCGAGCCUGCUGUGUCGUGGGAUCCUCGCCUUCGAGUGACCGUGACAGUAUCCCCUAAAAAGCAAGGAGUGUCUUCUACCUUGAAUUUUAGAAUACCAUUUUGGACGACUUCAAAUUCAAAAGCAACAAUCAAUGACCAGAAUAUUCCUCUAACACCUCCAGGUACUUUCCUAUCAGUCUCUAAACAAUGGAGCUCAAAUGACAAAAUUAACCUUGAUCUGUCCAUAACUCUUCGGAUGGAGGCCAUUCAAGAUGAUCGACCUGAAUAUGCUUCACUCCAUGCAAUAUUCUAUGGUCCCUAUCUUCUCGCCGGACUCACCAUUGACGACUUCGACUUGAAACCCAACUCAUCAACUUCACUUUCGGAUUGGUUAACUCCAAUCCCUGCCGAUUUUAAUUCCCAUUUAGUUUCUCUUUCCCAGGAAUCCUAUGACUCAAAGUUAGCCCUCUCAUACACCACCAACACCACCACAAUGCAAAAGUACCCUGAACCAGGUUCAGAUGCCUCUGUAUACGCAACCUUUCGACUCAUGAUGGUUAACACAUCACACAGAGACACAAUGGGUCAAGCCUACAUGUUAGAACCAUAUAGUCUUCCUGGUUCGGUUCUUGUACACCAAGGAAGAGAAAGAAGUCUUGGAAUUGACAAUUACUCCGUCACCCAGAAUUCAAUUUUCUAUUUAGUUAAUGGUGAUGAAAAAACGGUUCGAUUAGCGGCUGAAAGCGAAGAAGGUUGCUUUGUGGAGAGUUCCGGGGGAAUGGUGAAGCUGGGGUGUGAUUCCGGUCGAUCAGAUGAUGAGUUCUUGAAGGCUACGAGCUUUGUGGUUGAAGACGGAAUCAGUGAUUACCAUGCUAUUAGCUUUGUGGGAAAAGGAUGGAAAAGGAAUUUUCUUCUACAACCGUUAUUUAGUUUGCGAGAUGAACAUUACACUGUGUACUUCAAUAUUCAGCCAUCCAAAUGAUCAAUCAAAUAGAGGAGCAUUGAAUAAUUACAAAUAUUUAUACAAAAUCGUCUACUUUCCAUUCCAUAUGUAAAUAUAUAAUUCCGAUUAUCGUCGUUGUUCAUAAU